AGGACCUACGGUGGCCGUGCGAGGUAAAAAGCGCGCAGGCAGCCCGUUCGGAGGGGCUGUAGUAAUGGAGGGGGUCACAGUCGGCCAGGUAUUUGACGCGGAAUGCAUCCUCAGCAAACGGCCGAGAAAGGGCAAGUUUGAGUAUCUGGUGAAGUGGAGAGGGUGGUCGUCCAAGCACAACAGUUGGGAGCCAGAAGAAAAUAUUCUGGACCCGAGGCUCCUGGCGGCGUUUCACAAGAGAGAACAAGAGCGGGAGCUUCUGUUCCAGAAGAAAGGAAAGAGGCCGAGAGGACGUCCGCGGAAGAUUCUGCCGCCUGAGCCAGCUGCUAUAAAAGACAGCCGCUCCUCAUCCUCUUCUUCCUCUGUUCUUUCAUCAUCGGCCUCCUCGUCUUCCUCAGAGGAUGAAGAGCACACAAAGAAGGCGAAGCCCGGCCCUCGUGUCCACCCGGCCCCCCAGAAGAGGCCUCAGAUCAUGCUGGCCCAAGCAGAUCCUCCACACAAGAAGAAGCGCGGGAGGAAGCCGCUCCACCCCGACCUGAGGGCUUUAAGACAAGCAAAGGGCAGACCGCUGGCGCCACCGCCGCUGCCGCCGCCUCCAACGGCUCCUCCACGUCACCACCAGGUGGUCAGAGCGCCCAGGGAGGAGCCUCGACCCGGGGUGAAGAAACCUCUGCAGCCGGCCAGCUUCACCUACACCGGGCUGAGCAGGAGCUCCAGAGAAGAGGCCGCCUCCGCCUCGCACACCUCCCCCAGCUCCUUCUCCCAGACAGCCGCCUCCAAACCCGGGUCCCUCAGCUGCAUGUGGACCAGUCGCUCCAUGUCUCCGUCCUCCGGCUCCUCCUCCUACAACAGAAGCAGCCCGUCCCCCCAAAGUAAGAACUCUCUGUCCGAGCUGAAGCGCUCCAUCUCAGAAACGGGCAGCAGCAGAGCAGACGGCUUCAAGGCGUCUGCUCUGAAACAGGGUGGAGGUUCGGGGUCGUUGGGUUUACACAGCAGCUUCACGGGAGGCCAGGCGGUCCAGCGCUCCCCGCUGGGCCAGAGGAGGCAGGAGGGCGUCGGAGGUCAGACCGGGGUGGUCCAGCACAAGCAGCACUCCAGCCUUUCCAAACAGUCGUCCUCGCAGACGCCUCGGGACCGAGCCAACCAGGCGCUCAGCCUGCGAGCGCUCAACCUGCAGAGCGUCAGCAAGCCUCCGGCGGGCAGCAGCCUUCAGGGAAACAGCAUGAGCGGCGGCGGAGCCGCGGCGUCCAGGUCCAGCUUAAGGAGUGGCGGCGGCAUUGUUGUGAAAGGAGGUGUGGCGAGUAUGAAAGAGAUUCGAACCUCAGCCGGCGGGCAGCGCUCUGCUGUGGCAGCGGGCGGCGGCGCCGAGCAGGGGAGGUUACGGCAGGACAGGGGGAAGGAAGCAUUGGCAGAGACUAAGAAGCUGGCGGGAAGCGGCUCCGGCCGAGGGAACGGCGGCGGGAGGCACGAGGACAGGAAGCACGGGCUCAGCUCUCAGAACCGGAGUCUGAACGAGCUCAGCACCGGCGACUCCGACGAGACCAGCAGCAGCGAAUCGGAGCACGGCGCCUCCCUGUAUCCAAACAACAGCAGGCCCAGCCUCGGCAACACAGAGUCUGACACGGAAACGGACUGGCGGCCGGCCCGGAGCCUCCUGGAGCACGUGUUCGUCACCGACGUCACGGCCAACUUCAUCACGGUGACGGUGAAGGAGUCGCCGACCAGCGUGGGAUUCUUCAAUUCACGGAAUCACUGAAGGACGUCAGCGAUGGUGCCUCAGUCUGCAGAGCUGAGCGGACCGGACUGUCUAACCACGCCUCCUACAGCGGCGCUCAGGGUUCCUGCACCGCUCCGAGAUUUCACUCUUUCAGCUCUUCAUAGAAAUGCACAAGUUAGGGAAACUCAUCGCGUCCAAACAGACGAUACAGCUUCUGUGGUUUCAUCAACCCGGCGAUGUUACAUAAAGUAGGAGAAGACAAACACACAGAGGAGUGGGAACCCUGACGUUUAGACGCCGUUUACACCUGACAUUAAAACGCAGUCUGUGUCCGGAGAAGGAAAAGUUCAAGGCCUGUUAGAUUAAACGUCUGGGGUGGAGGUCAUGGUGCUGAAUGGAAUCCAAGCUUCAGGUCAGAUCUGUCAAAUUGUUCCCCCUUCCAUCUCAAAACAGUGGCGGUAAACGUAUGUUGGUUUGUGGUACUGAACCUAAAAUUUAUACCAGACAUAAAGUCCACGUUGCUCAGAAUAAUCCCCAGAUUUGUAGAAAGGAAUAUCUGGCUCUGAGAGAUCUGUCGCCACCUCAAUGUAUGGCCUUUCUUUUUAAAGUGGAAUUUAGUUUGUGGUUGGAGAAAUUUAAAACUGGAAAUCUUUUUUUCCCCUGAAAUACGAUCCAGUUGCUCAGAAAAACCACAGACCUCACUGAGGAUAGCUGGUGGCAUUAAAUUCUAACAUUUUUGAAUGGAGUUUGGUUUGAGGUUGCUCUGCUCUGCUCUGUCUUACAGCCCUUUUUUUAAAUUCAGAUUUCAACUGCAUGUGAUGGUCACCGUGCUCAGUAGUCGCUAUUUAAAAGCAACUAGUACUUUUACUUAUUAGUUACUAGAAUUAUUCCCGUUUUACUAGUAACAACUGAUUAGAUACUAGUACUUCAUUUUUAGUAAUUGCACGUUUUUCCCAUUAAAAUCUACGGGGCUCUGCAGUUCAGAUAUCACCUGUAGUGUUAGUUAUGAAUAACUAACUGAAUAGUUACUAAUAACUAUUUCCAUUUACUAGUAUUAUUUAGAUACUAGUACCUAUUCAGUAUUUACUAGUAACUGUUCCAAAAGAUACUCGUAACUUUUUAAUUCUUACUAGUAAAAUGGAAUAAUUAGUAGUACCUAAAAAUGAAGUACUAGUAUCUAAAUAAUAGAUACUAGUAAAAUGGAAAUAGUUUCUAGUAACUAAUGAACAGGUGAUAUCUGAACUGCCUCGUUGAUUUUAAUGGGAAAAACGUGCAAUUUAGUCACUAGUAACUAAAAAUGAAGUACUAGUAUCUAAUAAAUUUUUAACGGUAACAUAAACAAAAAUAGUUUCUAGUAAGUAGGGCUGAACGAUUUUGGAAAAUAAUCUAAUUGCGGUUUAAAAGGUGAUUGAUUUUUAAGUUCUUUACCUUCUGUAUUAUUCAUAAUGGAGAAGCAGUAAAUCUGUGCAGUCUGACCAACACAAUAUUAGAUAGAUUACACACCCUGUUCUUUCUUGUAGGUCAGGCCGGUGUUAUGAUGAAAUUAGGUGCUGCAUGAAUUAUUAAUAUGAGCAGUGGUGGAGAAGAAAUAUUAAAUUAUAAUAAUAUGAGAAAGAUAAUUUGAGAGUCAAGUCAUGGCAUUAAAUAAUAUGAUAUAACAUCAUCAGGCCGGCCUACAGAGCACAAGAAAAACUAAGUUUGCUCAAUACAAACCCCCACAGUUCAACCACCAAUUAAUGCGUCCUGAUCUCAGGUCAGAUCUCCCAGGAGUCUGUCUUUCUGUGUCCCAGUAAGCAAACAAAAAAUACUCAGUUUGAGGUUGAAUUCAAAAGCUGGCCAACGAAAAUAAAACCAAGUGACGCCUCUUGUGUUUAAUAAAUGAGCUUAGUAAUUCUACUACAAACACCGGAGCUCCCCGCAGCCUGCGAUGCUGGUCAGCAGCUCUGGCUGUAACUCAGGACAGACCACCACGUAACCCGCGGGGGGCGGGCGCUACUUUCAUUCCCUGUGUGACACUAAAGUUUCUGCUUCGUCUGCAGACUGGUUUAAUUCUCGCGUGUCAUGUGACCAGAGCGAUAAUAUCGCAGAUGCAAUUAAUCGUUAAGUAGCUGUUAAAUGGCGACUAGUAAGUUUAAGGAGUAAAUGUUACAUCGGCUCGCCACAGUUACCACAUAACUGCUAGUUGAAAGCCCCAAAAAAUAUAAUAAGAGGACCUUGAGUAAAGUUCCUAAAUGAAAAGUGUUCAGAUUUAGUAGCUGCUAAUAAAAACUUGAUCAAAUCAAGUGACGAAUUAAUUAAUCAUUGCUGCCUGUAGUUCUUGGCUCAGUUUGCGUUUUAUUGGAAGGUGUAAAAACGGGGUUUAAAAGCGACAGAUGGAUGUGCGACUCCACCUCCCCAGUGCCUCAGGUUCUUCCCAGAGACCACCGAGCCCACUGCCACCGUUCAGCAGCUUGUGAUGAUUAGUUUGAGUAGGACGUUUGUGCUUGUCGGACCUGUAUCCAAACUAAAUAUGUGGCUUUAUUCAGGGCAGCAUGUUUAACAAAAUAUUCAAAACAAAACAAAAAAAAAGAAGUGAAGUCCGUCUGUGAUCACUCAGUUUUCAUCCAUCCGGGUUUUUGUAAUCGUCUUUCAGUUCUCUUUGGACCAAAGGUGUUACGAAUGUGAAUAUUCUUGUUUUUAAUUUGUGUUAUUGACAGUAUUCCUUGCACUACAUACAGUAUAAAUGUAAGCUGAUUUCUUGUCAUCUCAAAAGAGACAUUUCCAUUCUCACCUAUAUUUACCAGUUUUAUACCAUUUUAAUACAUUUGCUGUCACAGUGUCUUUUGGAGUUGAAAAUAUCUGUUAAUUUAUAUUUGUAAAUAUUUUUUUUUCAUGUGAUAUCUGAUAUCUAUCUGGUGCUCACAUUGGCUUACUAGCUUCAGAUACUUGUGCCUCUCUGCCAUUUUGAAGGUAUUUGAAAUAAACCAGAAGUACCUAAAGAUUGAAAA